UCUGUUCCGUUCAAGCAUGCUUAUGUUCUUAAUGUGUUGUUAGCCACAGGCACCAUCACACAAGCAUGUGAUUCAUCUGUACACUUACUUUACAGAGCUAUGUUGACAAACUUGCUAACAGGAUGUGGUGCAGCUUUAUAAAUUUCGUUGAGUGUUUGUGUUGUUAGCAUUGGUGGUGUACACUGUGCACUUUGUGUGGUGCUGGGAAUUAUUUAACCAGUGUUAGCAUCAUUAGCAUUGUUGUACUAGCAUUUUGUUCUUUGCAUGGUGCAGGGGAAGGCGUAGUUCAGCCUGAGCCAUGCCCACCGGGGCAUUACUGCCCACCAGGGGCAGCAGUGGGUACCGAGUUCCCCUGCCCCCCAGGCACAAUGCGUCCCCAGCGUGGGGGGGCUGGCCCAGAAGACUGUCAGCUGUGUCCUGCAGGGAUGUUCUGUGCCCUGCAUGGAUUAGUCCAGCCCACGGGACCCUGUCAGGCUGGGUUCCACUGCCCCCCAGGAGCCAGCAGCCCCAAUUCCACAGGAUAUAUGGUCAGAUCUGCUGCUAAUGGCCUGUGUCCCGCGGGGCACUACUGCCCGGCUGGCGAGGGCUACCCCCUGCCCUGCCCGCCGGGCUCCUACUCCAGCUCCGUGGGCCUGAGGCGGGCGGAGCAGUGCCAGGCUUGCCCUGCGGGUCACUACUGCGACCGCCCUGCGCUGACCCAUGUGUCUCAGGCUGCUCUGUGUGAUGCAGGGUAUGUGUGUUUGGGAGGGAGCGUCAGCCCUCGCCCCUCUGACGGGCUCCAGGGUUACCUGUGCCCCCGUGGGUUCCGCUGUCCCAUUGGCACGCCCAUGCGAGUUCCCUGUGAGCCAGGCUCCUACGGGCCCACCCCCGGUGCCGCGCUCUGCACCCCCUGCCCAGCUGGCACAGUGUGCCCCUCUCCUGCCACACAAGAGCCUUCUACCUGCCCUGCAGGACACUACUGCGAGGGCGGGACGGCCUUAGCACAGGCGUGUCCCGCGGGGACCCUCAGCGAGCUGACGGGGGCGCAGUCCCCCUCCACCUGCGUGCCCUGCCCUGCCGGGCAGUACUGUAGCACACCUGGAUCCUCACAGCCACAAGGUCAGUGUCGGGCGGGGUAUUUCUGCCAGGGCGGGGCCACUGACCCGGCCCCUCAGGGCUCUCCUAGCUUCCCCAGAAACGGGCCCUGUCCCCUGGGCCACUACUGCCCUGCCGGGACGCCCUCUCCGCUGCCCUGUCCCACAGGCAGCAUUCUGAACCACACAGGGGGACACAGCAUAGAGAGCUGCCUGCCGUGCCCACCUGGGCAGUACUGUGCCAGCGAGGGGCAGGGAUACCCAAGCGGCCCCUGCUCUGACGGCUUCUACUGCCCCCCCAAUUUCUCCUCCACCAGUCCCCUCGGCUUCCUUUGCCCCAAGGGUCACUACUGUCCUUUGGGCUCGGGCCACGCCCUGCCUUGCCCUACAGGGGAGUACCAGCCGAACCCCGGUGCCUCCGGCUGCAUCCCAUGCCGCCCGGGGUUCUACUGCGAGGAGGCCAUCGCUGGAGAUCCCUGGCCCUGCCCCGCCCACUCCUACUGCCCUGCAGCAACAAUGGUUCCCCUGCCCUGUCCCAAUGGCACAUUCACCCCACCCGACCUGAGGGGACUGCAGGAGGAGGGCGAGUGUUUGCCCUGUCCCCCCGGCAGGUUCUGCAGGGCUGGCAAGGUUCUGGGACGCUGUGCUGCAGGGUACCUGUGUAUUUCGGGUAGUGCAGAGGCCACCCCCCAAGGACCGCCCCUGCAGGAUCGGAGCCAGUGUAGGAGGGGUGUCCAGUGUGCUGGACCCUGCCCAGCAGGAUUCUACUGUGUGGAGGGCACUGAGGAACCUCAGGCUUGCCUCACCCACACGGUGAGGGCCACGCCCGGUGCCACAGGCAGACAGGACUGCUUGCCCUGCCCCCCGCAGCACUGGUGCAGAGAGGGAGACCCCAGCCUGCACCUUUGCCCUGCUGGGCAUUACUGUGAUGGGCUGGGGGAGGGGGAGUCUGAGGGAGGAGUAGGUCCCAAAGAAUGCCCCCCCUUCACCUACAGAUCCACCCCGGGGGCACGGAACAGGGGCGACUGCCACCCCUGCCCCGCUGGCUCCUUCUGUAAUGACACAGGGCUGACUGACUACAGCGCCCACCCCUGCCCCCCCGGGUUCUGGUGCAGCGGAGUGGGCCCCCCUGUCCUGUGCCCGGCUGGCACUAUGAGACCCCUGCCGGGAGCAGGCUCACCCAGCCAGUGCAUGCCCUGCCAGGCUGGCACCUACUGCCCGGACCCCAGGUCCACGGGACGGCCCAACAUCCACGGCACCCCCUGCCGGUCCGCGUUCCAGUGCCCCGCAGGUUCGGCGAUGGAGACCCCCUGCCUGGCCGGCUCGUACUGCGGCCCGGGGACCGGAGAGCCCACCCCCUGUCCCGGAGGAUUCGCCUGCCCCGAGGGGUCUGCCACCUACAACACUCCACAGCAAGUCUGUGCGUUCCCUCACUACUGCCCGGAGAACAGCUCCUCCGCGCGGCUCUGCGAUGGGGGGUACGCGCCCCUCAACACCAGCGGCCUGCGGGGGUCCCGGGACACCAGCUGCGUGCUCUGUGAGGGGGGGACCUAUCGCCCCGUGUCAUCCCCAGACCCGCACUGCCUCACCUGCCCCGCGGGCUACCACUGCCCCCCAGGGACAGAGCACUACUGGAGCAACCCAUGUCCCGUUGGGUAUUUUUGCCCCUUGGGCUCUGACAACCCCACCUCUUGCCCACCUGGUUCCUAUGGCAACAGCACCCAUGCAAAGCUUCUUGAGGAAUGCCAUCCAUGCCCGGCGGGCACCUUCAACCACCUCUCUGCGCAGAGGGCCUGUUUCCCCUGUGGAAGCUCCUCCUACUCACCAGAAGGCUCAGCUUCCUGUAUUUGUCUGGGUCAGAACCGGGCCUUCCAGCACUCUGACGGGUCCUGUCUGUGCAAGACCGGCUUCGUCUUCUACAACCAACUGGACUACAAGAGCACUGAUGCUGACAGCGUCUUAGACUGCCAGCCUGAGGUGAAUGAACGCUGUGGUGGGGGGCAAGUGCGGCUGGCAUCGUCUCGAGAGUGCGUUUCCCCAUCUGCACACCUGUGUAACGUCACCUGUGGCACCCAAGGGGGGCAUCUCAAUGUGGAGUUGGGCAUCUGCCACUGUGAGCUGUAUGUGGCCGUGGAGGAGCUUUGCAACGCCUCGUGUCUGUCAUCGCUACUGCACGUCUCUGCCAGGCUGGCCUCGGACGGGCAGCUGCUGCUGAAGGUCAAAGGUCAGGUGGAGAGCAGUAUGUGGAGCAGGGAAGUGGUAGAUAUUUUGGGCCCCGACAUCCAUGUUAAGACUAUUGGAAGAGUCCACUUUGUCCAGUUUGGCUCUGAUGGGGUGUUUGGAUGGAUCAUGACCAACCAAACGCUGAUUGACAGAUUUCUUUCAGCUGAGCCCAGGACACUGUGGGACAGGGAGACCAGGAGAAGAAGCGAUUCCAGUAAUGUCGGGGAGUUCUCAGACUCGCCCCCUGUGCCACGCAUUCCCAACCCCAUUGCUUGCCUGGCAUCCAAUGACAUGCUGCUGUUUCAGCUCACCAUCAACCACACCGACCGCCAUCUCAGCCACUUCCCAGUGUACCAGAAAGAUCAUCUCUUCAGCAGCAACCCCAGCUGGGACUUUGGCGCGUUCCGCAAGCUGGAGCAGCUCAUAAAGCACAGCCAGUACAACUCCUCCAGGUUUGCGCACGUGUUCACGCAGUCGGGGAAGUACGUGUUCCUGGACAACGGCGUGCCGGACCGGAGCCUGAUCGUGGCGGUGAGCGAGCGCGGCACGGAGUGCGACCCUGCCGCUCCCGCGUUCCAGCCCGCGUCCCCCGCCCAGCUGGUGAGGCACGGCAUCCUCAGGCAACCCCGCCUCAACCUGCUGCCCAACUGGGGCGCCAUUGCAGGGGUGCUGGGCCUCCUGGUGCUGCUGACCGUAGUUCUGAUCGCCACGGCUCUGGUUCUGAAGCCCAGCCGAGUCGGGCUCAUGGCUCAGGGGCGACCAAAGCCCAAAUGGAGAAGCCUUGGGGAACCGAGUAUCCCUCCCGGAUACGUCUAUGCUGGAGGCGGUGUGGAUGUUUGUGACGUCCUGGGACACAGAGGUGUUGGAGAGGGAGCAGAAGCAGAGGAGCCGGCUGUCUGCAGGGGGUAUAAGAACGGAAGAGUGGAACUGGAGGAGUUCAACGUCAAAACUCUUUAUGACAAACUGGAAGACCAGACGCUUCACUUGGUCUCCCAGCUGGCGAAGCACCGCAAGGAUAACUUGGAGUUCUACCGCAACAUCUGUCAGCAGACAGAUUCUCUGAAGGAUCUUCUGGAGAACAUGGACCUGGCCAAGCUGAGCCAGCUGAGGGAACUGCUCUCCCUGAAAUCAGGCGAUGACAUCACGGCAGAGAAGGAGACGGUUAAAGACCCCUCGGCGUCCCUACUGGAGGCUGCACUCAGAGCAGUGGAGGGGCUCAUACACAGAGCUGAAGGAGAGAGCUGGGCACAGCAGGACGUGGCUGCAGGAACCUGCCCAGGAGAUGUUGGGGACGGUGGGGCACACACAGGCUAUGCACAUGGCUUCCCUGACUCUACGCAGUUCUCCUCUCCUGACAUGGCUGAACCAAAAACACUCCAGGUAACAGCCACAGCGACCCAACAGAGCGCAGCGGGCGGUCUGAGCGAGCAGGACCUCUCCAAGCUGGUGGCCCUCACACCACUCUCCAAAACUCUGCGGGAGAUCCAGCGCUCUCUCCAGAGCUUCACAUCUGCAGAAGAAGAUAAGGCUGUUUUCCAUGAGUCAGAGCAGGAGUCAGUGGGGCACCUAGUUCCUGUUGCCCUGGGCAACCUGCCUCCCCAUCACUUCGCCGUGUUCCUGUUCGGCUGCCGGGUUGCGCGCCUGCUGUGCGGCGGCCACGGCUUCCCCCCGCUCACGCUGCUCCUGGCUCGGGCGGUUCCACUCUCACGCCUCACCGGCCUGGCAGAGCACUGCCGCGGGGACUUCCAUUAUGACGCCGCCAACCGUAUCCUCUACCUCCACCAAGAUAAGCUGGGGAACGCUGGGGAGUUCAUCGCCACGCUUCUUCACUCCAUGGCCUGCAUUGCCUCAGGUUCAACAACAAAAGGCUUCAUCCAAGCUUUCCACAGCGCGGUCUCUGCUCUAAGUUUGGCCCUGUUCCACUCCUCCUUCACCAGCAGAAUAAACAAGACAGGGGAGAUUAAAGAGGAAUUCACUGGGGCGUUAGCUGAAGAAUUUCUCAGGGUCAAAGUUCCAAUUGAAAUGGGCUUCUCUGAGCCUGAGCUUGCAGAAAGACUUCAGAAAUUCAAGUUCUUCAAGUUACAGCAGUAUCUGCGAGAAAUGAAAUCUAAUCAAACACAGGAGAAAGUGGCGGAGCCUGGAUCUGAGAAUGGGGAUGCUGCAAUAAAGGUUCUCAGUGUGGAGCAGGAAAUUGACCGUUUAAAUGAAGUUUUCCUGCAGCUGAGUGUGGGGCUCCAGGGAAGGGCAGAGAGGAGGGGAGGGCAGGACCACUGCAGCCCUACACAGGGAACUCUUGAGCCCUGCCUCAGUCGCCAUGGAACCCUUCUUCUGGAUCUGAAGAGGCGAUGUGUGGACCAAAGGCUCAGCGAGAUGCAGGCCCAACUGACCCAUCUUAGCAUGCAGCAGCCAGGCAGCCAGACGCCAGACAGUCAAGAACCAGCUAGCCAAGAACCAGGCAGUCAGGCACCAGAGAGCCAAAACCGAGAUAACCAGACACCAGACAACCAGGGAACAGACAGUGAGCUUGCAGAAAGCCAGAAACAAAACAACCAUGACCCAGAGACUCAGAUGUCAGAGAACAUUCAUACAUCAUUCAGUCAAGAUCCAGACAAGGUAAAGUCACCCACUCAGACAUUUCACAUUCAGAAACCAGACAACCAUAAAACAGACAGUGCGGGACCAAACAGACAGACAUCAGAGGUUCUUAUUACUGAGGAAAGUAGCUUACCAGCUGUAUUCUAGCACAAAUGUGUGUACCAUUUCCUGUGUACCGUUCAUUUGAGUCUGUCUUAACCACUCUUCCAAUAUUUAUGUUUUUCUCUUGAGUGCAAAUAUAAUGUUAUUUCUUAUUAAAUAUUCAUGUUAAUAAACUUUUAAUAAAGGGACACGCAUUCAAUGUGGUUACUAGGUUUGUGGCAAACCUCAGAUGUAUAAUUUAUCCUGCAGAUACAAUGAAUUUUUCUCUAUGGGCAUUAUAAACCAGACCUUUAAAAGAGUGAGAAGGCAUG